AUGCAGCAUCCAGCUUCUGAUGCCAGUCGCUUCUUGUUCGGCCAACUUGAGUUUCGACAAGAGGCUUUCCGAGCUCAGCCCAACGCAGUCCACGACGAAGAUGAUUGUCGUCUACAGAUGUCGCACUUCAUCAUGCUACGUACCCUACUGGCGAAAGGCGUCGAAAGAUCAGAAGGGCCAUUCGCACUACAAUACACCGACCUCCACGCUAGCAAUCUCUUCGUGGACGAGAAUUGGAACAUCGUUGGAGUCAUCGACCUGGAGUUCGUAUGCUCUCUUCCGCCUAGCAUGCUGGAGGUGCCAUAUUGGUUCUCUGCACAAUAUAUCGAUGGACUUAAGAAGUGUCUAGAGGAGUAUAAUCGACAUGUGGAGGACUUCUUGCAAGUACUUGAAGAAGAAGAAAUCCGCGUCAACUCUAGUCUCCCGCUCGGAGAAAUCAUACGCAGAGCCUGGGUUUCUGGAGAAUACUGGAUCUACAACUGCCUUACAUCGAUUAACGCAAUGCCAAAUCUCAUGGAGGAUCACAUCUGGCGACAAUUUGGCUUUCAGCCGUCCCUGAGCGAAGAAACUGCCUUCACUCGCAGUCUGUCGCAUUUUUGGUCAGAGCAGUCAGAUGACUUCGUGAAGCAGAAGGUGUGCGACAAGAGGCAAUACAAUGACGAGGUCACUUUAUUGUACAACAGCAUCGACCUGUGA